AUGCUGAAACCCCCGCUGUCUGCGAGAGAUCUAUCGCCACGGAGGCACGUGCGGCCUGUACCGGCGCAGAUUAUUGGGAAAUGGAGCGAGCCCAAGACGCUGCAGUUCGUAACGAUGGCGAUGCGGGAUCCGCAUCUCGAUGAAAUUAUGCACCGACUUGAUGCUGUCGUCGGACAGGCUCGCAUUACGUCCAAGUUACGGACGGUGCACAUCGACCUAGGGUCAAUCACGAAUAAUACCUUCCUGGAGAGGUUCUUUCAUGCAUGGGACGAGGUCGCGCCAAGACUGGCUGCUAUGAGCGGCAAUGUGACAGUCGGCUCCGAGAUUCGUCUGAUUUUCCAGGUGCGGCUUAGUAGACGCUUUGUGGUCGAUUACGACUUCACCCUCAAGGAGCGCAUCGCGGCUAUUAGGGAAAUGGAUCUAUGUGUCUCGAGAGGCGCAUACGACGUCGAGGAUUUCACCCUCCCUGAGCUCGGUACGAUCAACGCUAUGAGGAAGAGAGUUUGGGAGACGUUCUUUGUGAGUGGAGUGCCGGGUGAAGAUCCGCUGCCGCCUAGGUUGAGUAGGACUUUCCCGUCUUUGGAAGAGUGUAAGGUGCACGGAAUGCGGUAUCGAGCUUUUGGUUCUCCGUGGCCGUUGGCUGUUGGUUCAUAG